UUGUAAUUUUUCUUUUAGUCUGUUGAGCGCUGAUCGUGCACAAAUUUUUUACGGCCGAAAUCUUGUGAUAUCUUAUUGUUAUAUUCUAAUUAGCAUUGUUGUUGUGUUUUUGAUUUAUCAUGAGUCCGAGAAUAAAAACGGGACGAAAACGAUCGUACACAAAAGUCUGGAAGAAAAGGUCUCCAGAGGCCAGCCAUGUUUCAGAAGGAUAUCAUACAAGUCCGUCCCAACAGCCUAGUUACCAAGUUCCAAGUAUAGUUGUGCAAAACGGGACUAAAGGAAUGGAGCGGACACUAAGGACACAGAGGUCACUUUCCAAACAAGAUGAAGGUGAUGAAGCACAUGAAGUUGCCACAUAUGAAGACAACAAAAACUUGGAAACAAAAGAAAGCACACCUUCUGAAGAAGUGUCACCGCCCAGUAACACUCUACAUCGAUCUAGGUCACAAAAUAAAGUUAAGUUAUUAGUAAGGAGUCAUGCAGUACGGGAAGAAACGUCUCCCCCUCCAGAUCCACAUCAGAAUACGACGGAACCAGGCGCCGUAGCCUCACCGACAAAAGAACAAUUGCCUCCUAUCCCAAAUCAAGUUCAACAACAAAGUACAACGAACCGGAGACACAAGUUGCGCAGGGAAGGAUCAUCCUCUGAAACUUGGGAUCACCCUCCUCUCUCUAGGGCUAUGCUAGAAUGUGAACUUAUUCAAAAUCCGCGUUCUGACGAAAAGGACCCUUUAAAUGAAACUGUCUCAACGGCUUGUUACUCUCAACCUUUGAUCAAUGAAUAUGAGACUGAGGGUAAUAGUCGUGAACAAUAUGAAGGGAGCAGCCAAGUUGAUUUGCACAAGUUUAUUGUCGACACGCUCAACAGAAAUUACAAAGAUAGAAUGCUGCUACUCAAGAUUGAAAGUGAUUUGGUCGCAUUAGCAAAAGAUCCAAAACGUACAAUGCAUAAAUUUGCUCAAAUGUCUUCUUAUCAACGGAUGCUCGUUCAUAGAGUUGCUGCAUACUUUAAUAUGGAGCAUAACGUCGACACGUCCGGAGUAUCUGUUAUUGUAAAUACUACCAAAUCCACUAGAAUUCCAGAAACAAGGUUUAGGGAUUAUGUCAGGGACGAUCUGCUUUUACCCGAAGAACCAAGGAGAUCCAUUUUAAAAAGAGAUUCUUCAUCUUUUGAAGAAACUGGUUCAUUUAAGUCAGGGGAAAGGAUGCUUAACGGUGAUUCAAGAAGGAGUAAAAGUUUUGAAGAGCGUGAAGAAGAAUACGAGAAAGCUAGGAGGAGGAUAUUCAAUAGAGAGCAUUCAGGCGAUGGAGAAAUUGACUGCUACGGUGAACAGGGUGAUGAAGAUGAAGACCCGUGGGGUUUUGAAGUAGGGUUCUGCUGCAAUUCCCAAUGCGAACAUAGUAAACACAAAGAAAGAAACCCUCCACGCCUUUUAAAAGUAGAGUCGUAUGAAAGUGGAGACACAUUAAGGGAAAAUUCUCUACGGCUUUCUGUUGCCAAGUCUCACAGUUUUAACGGUUAUGAUCCUCCUCAACAGACAAGAAUAUUAACUAAACAAGAUUCUGGAAGUAGUAUGUCUUCUCGCAUAUCACCAUCAAGUUCUGGGUAUAAAUCACAAAGGUCAGAUACCACUUUAAGUGCCACACCAUCACCAACAGCAACACCUAAUCUUCAUACUCAGUUGUCUGGGCAGAGUGGUGGAGCACUUUCACCAGAGCCGGACACAGUUAUUUGGGCAGUGACUAAUCUUGCUUCAGUUCCUCCCGGCUCGAUGCUAAUACAUCCUCAGACUGGACAACCGUACACUAAUGCUGAUGGAAGCAUUUAUCAUUAUGACCCUGCAAAUCCUCCUAGGGUCUCUGGGGACGUAGCUCAAUCUACAAUUGGCCAAGGUGCAAACGGAGUGGCUCCGUCUCAGGCGACAGCACCUCUGCACAAGCAUGAAUCUCUUGACAACAAUACUAUCGUGAACGCCAAUGUUUCUAGUCAACACCCGCCAACCCAACAACAGUCAAACCCAGACGUCGGAAAAACCAUCGUAGAAAGUGGAUACAACGGCGGAGGCAACGGUGGCUACUUGGCCCCUCCAUCUUUGUGCCAACCACCGCCCCCUCAAUUCCAUCAGUCAAUGUUGCAAUCCAAUGAAGUACCUCCUCCUCAGUAUCAUCCAGUUGUUUACCCUCUUCAACCGACUCCCGCUCCACCAAUGCACUAUCAGCAGUACGAUCCCCGCUUGCAGGAGGGAAAUCCAAAUGGAAAUAAUGAACUUUCUGGAUACAUGAUGGGCCUUUCUCUUGAUGGAAAUAAACAACCUGCUGACAACAGACAGAUCAUGUACUGGCAACCUCAUCACUUGCAGCCACACUCAAACGUACCAAUGUACUACAAUUCUGGGCCAGGAAACAAUCGAUACCAAGGACCUCCACCUUCAUCACAAUUAUGUUCUACACCCCAAGCAUAUAUGGCUCCUCCUCCUCCCCCACCACCUGCAACUGCACCACAACCUCUACCUCAUUUGCCUCCCGAGCAUGCAGGUUGUUAUGGACCACCGUAUUCAAGUUCAAACCCAGAAUGUGUUCCUUACACACCUUCUACCAUACAUAUGUACUAUACUCCAUCUUAUAGCAGCUCAGGGAUGACCAAUAAUGGACAAACCAAUAGUGGUGGAACAACGGGCAACGGGCCAGGGUAUUUUAGCACCAACCUUGCUAAUUGCCCAGCGCCUAUUGUUGCUCUCCAGUACCAGCAACCCUGUGCUCAUCCAACACCCCCUCAUACGCCACAGGGUGUUUGUGGUCAAUUUGCUGUGUACAAUGGGUGCUAUUCAAACCACUAUGCUCAACCAAAUUCAACAUUACCUGUACCUCAACUCUUCCGUAAGCCAUCUCUCCAAGUAGGGGUGAGGUGCGGGUCACCAAUGAGGCCGCCGUACCCCGUUUCGCCAACUGUAAAAGAAAAAUCACAAGAUGACAAACUGCAACCGGUUCCUGUGUACGGAUUCCGAGUUUUACCAGGAGAUGUGAGACUGCUCGGAAACACUGGUAGAUUGCCAUUUUCUCUUCCAGCUAAUUCAAAGGCACCGGGUUCAAGGAAACACAGAUCAAAAAUAUCUUCAAACCAAAACCGAACGGGAGGACAGCAAGCCCUUGAGGUAUCUGCACUUCAUGCUGCCAGCAAAGCAUAAAGUCUUCCUAGAUCGGUAGGUGAGAAUCACACGAAGUCAUCACAUUCUUGACUCGCCGAAGGUUCAAUGAUAGUGAUGUGAUAGGAGGGGAAUAAAAAAUUUCUUUUACAACACCACAAGUACAAAUCAUUAAAGAAAUUGUUUAUUUGCUUUAUAAUACAUCACAGUUAUUGGAUGCAUACUUAUAUCAAAUAAUAUCUUAAAUGGUUUAAAUAAAUUCUGCAUGUUUCUGUGAACGUAGUAUGUUACAGGGUCUGUGUGUAAAGGACCAUAAGUGUAUACAUUCAAAUGUUCAUGGCCAUCAGUUGCAAUGUCUUUCAAACCUUGAAUCCUUUUCUAAGUUGUUAUGUCGAGUAAAUUUAUAAUAUUGUUGAUAUUGAAUAGUAAUAAUAUGUUUAAGCUAACUUAAAUUCUUAAUUUGAAAAGAUCUGAAAAAUAAGUUGUUUUUUAAGUAUUUUUUGUUUCAGCUGAUGACGUUAAUGGACAUUUCAAAAUGUUUGGAUUUUAAUUACACUAGGUUGUUAUUCAAAGAGGUUUUAAUUAUUAAAAAAAAAGAAAAACUAAAGGCAAUAAAAUGAAAUUUAAAACUAGAAUUAGAUGUGAGAAAUCAAUGUAGAUAAAAGUAUCGGAAUUUACAUUUUGCUUUUCAUACUAAGACAUAAAUGUUUUAAGUUGUCCAGUAGCGAUCCGAUUUCAAAAGAUGUUUGUAUAGUUAAAUUUAAUUGUAUCCUAUGUGUUUGUGAUAGUUGGCCAAUAAAAGGAAUGAAAUGUAACCGUAUUAUUGGGAUUCAACAAAUUAAAAGGAAAAUUUAAAUAAAAAAAGUUUAUUUUCAAAAUAUUAAAGCUUAAACAAAAUUGCUAUUUAAUUUCAAAUAAUUUCCAAGAAAUACAGGGAGUAUGAUUAUGUGUAUUGCUGUAAAAACAUCAUUUUUGAGUAAUUUCUUUGAUGUUAUCAGUGUUUACUACAUAAUGUUAUAACAGACGAGUAUAAAACAACUGGAAAGUUCAUCUCUCAGUCUAUGAAUGUUUAUUGGAUGCUUAUUGAAACGUUUAUGUCAUACCGAUAAAGCAGUAAAAGGAUGGAGAAAAAAACUAACAAAAAACGUGAUUUAAGGCGGUUAAUGCUCAAAUGUCUUGAUAGAGAUGUGCUAUUGGGUCAUCUGACUUAAUUUUAUUGUGAUACCUCUCUCUCUCUAUAUAUAUAUAUAAAAUAAAAUUAUAAAGAAGAGGUGCUUGUUGAUUGUACAUUGGAUAUAUUUAAUACAAAUAUUCAAGAUAUUUGUUAUAAUGCUAUAAAAUAAUCAAGAGACAAGGAGUUGAUUGGAAAAAAACUGGAAGUCUGAAAAGUGAAAACAUACGUGGCAGCUCCUGACAGUUUUACCAUAUUGGUAUUUUUCACAUUUUCUACUUUAUAAAAAAAUAAAAGAGAAAAAAAGAAAAAUAGCCCGAUUACACAAGAUCUUGGGCGUAAUUAUGUUUCUAAUUGUGUUUUAAAAAUUCUUUAGACUAAAUGAACAGUCAAACUAAGAUCUCAAAAAUUAAAAUAAUGGUAGUUAAUUGCGAUAAAAAAAUAUAUGUAUAUUCAAAGUAUUAUUCCCUUUGAUUUAAAUGCUUGAUAAAGGAACAAAUUCAUUCUGAAUAAUCAAAGUCCCAAUGUUAAUUGAAUUAAAACCUGGAUGGUAGUUAACGUCUAAACCAGGGAAUUGAAAAUUCCUUGGUCAAACAUUAAAUAGGCUGUUGCAGACACAAAAGGAAUAUGGAUUUGUGAUAUCUAACAUAUCUUACUUAUUUAUUGUUAAUGUACCACCCAGCAGAUUGUGAGUGCCAACCAAUGUGAUAUUUUUGUCAUAUAAGAUCUGUAAAUUUGUGUAAGCUUUAAUAUGGUUUUAGAAAUUAUUUGCUGCUGGUAUCUUUACAACUGUCACAAAAUGCUAAAUCCCACCGGUGAAAUACCUAUUGUCGAUCCGGAUAAGAAGUCUUCUUAGAUUAGUUGUGUCCAUAUCGAAAAGAUCUUUGAGUCCAUUGGCCUAAAAGCCAUCCACAGCCUCGUUUAAUGCCACCUGCCUGUCAAAUCGAAACGUUACUCAAUAUUGAUCAAAGAUAGAGAAUUUUAUAAAUUUUGUGUAGAAUUAUUUCUUCCUCGUUUAACUCAUGUAUGUGGCAUGAACAGUCAUAAAAUGUGUGUACACAUGUGUAGACGACUUGUCUUUGAAGGAGGGAAUGGAUUUAAUAAAAAUGAUAUUCUAUUUUAACAUUUACAGUAUCAAGCUGUAAUUGACUCAUCUGACAGACAUUUUUCCUUGCCUUGGUGUAGGGUGGGAACCUUUGUUAUUUCAAUUUUUUUACAUAGCCGCUUGGUGCAAAACCCCUGGAUUAGGCAUUUCAUUUGUUGAUCUGUGAACUCUCCGUUCAAGCCUUCAUCACCUCUAACCUGUGUGCUUACCAUUGUUUGUGCGGAAAAGCCAAAAUUUUGGACUUACAAAAAUAAAUUUUGUAUUUAUUUACAAAUUACAAUGAAGUCCAGGUUUUAGGAAAAGGAAGAAAAUAAAUUUCCCAGUUUAUGCGUUGUAACAUUUAUCUAAAAAUGAUAGAUAUUUUGUUUUGU